AUGGUUUCUUUAUCCUUCAAUGGUUUAUCUGGUAAAAUGCCAGAUGAUAUGUGUCACCAUCUUCCCAAUUUGGAGGCACUUUACUUGGGUACAAACGAGUUGUUAGGUCAGAUUCCAAAAAUUAUAAAUGAAUGCAAGAAUCUUCAAGUAUUAGCAUUAGAUUACAAUCAGUUGAGUGGCAGCAUUCCCAGGAGUACUGGAAAUCUAACUGCACUUACAGAGCUAUAUUUGGGUGGAAAUAAUUUAGAAGGUGAGAUCCCUUGGGAAAUUGGAAAUCUGUUGAAUUUGGAGAUAUUUUUCGCUGUAGAUAUGAGGCUUACUGGACUCAUUCCCACAAGCAUCGGCAAUUUAACCAACCUCAAGGAGAUAUAUUUAGGUCCUAAUUUUUUAGAAGGUGAAAUUCCAUGGGCGAUUGGGAAUAUUCAUUCGUUGGAGAUAUUUUCAGCACCAAAUAUGAGCUUAAAUGGGGAGAUUCCACAUUCUAUUCUCAAUGGUUCUUCUUUGAGAGUCAUUUAUGUAAUGCUCAAUCAUUUAUCUGGUAAAUUACCAGACAUAAGGUCGGAUUCAAAUCUUGAGGAGCUUCACCUAUGGGGCAACAAUCUUAGUGGAAACAUUCCUGAAUCUAUCUCCAAUGUUUCUAAACUCAGAAACAUCGCAUUGAUGGCAAACUCAUUCUCUGGUCAUAUUCCAAAUAGUCUUGGCAAUCUAAAAUUUCUCGAGGAGUUACGCCUUUGGAAGAACAAAUUGACCAUUAAAACUAAUUCAAAUGGUGAGUGGAGCUUCUUCGCUUCCUUGCUGAAUUGCAAGUAUCUAAAAGUGUUAGAUUUAUCGGUCAACCCAUUGAAGGGAGUUCUUCCAACUUCCAUCUCCAAUCUCUCCCAAACGCUUCAAGUUUUCUCAUGCGCGGAUUGCAGAAUUGAAGGAACCAUUCCCAUGGAAAUCGGUAGCUUGAACAAUGCAAUCAUUUUGGAACUUACCAACAAUGAACUUAUUGGAUCCAUUCCAACAACGAUAGGAGGGCUAACGAAUCUCCAAUACUUGGGUCUUAGUGGAAAUGAGUUGCAAGGCUCCAUCCCACAUGAUCUUUGCGGUUUAAAGGGAUUGUUUGAAUUAUCAUUAGAUGACAACGAGCUCGAUGGACCUUUACCUCCAUGUUUGGGCGAGUUGACUUCUAUGAGAAAACUACACUUGUCCUUCAACAAGUUGCAUUCAUCAAUACCUUUCAGUUUAUGGAGCUUGAAAGAUAUCUUAAAAGUAGACUUGUCAUCCAACUAUUUUAACGGUUCCCUUCCACUUGAAAUCGGAAAGUUGAGCGUAUUACAACACUUGAACUUGUCAAUGAAUUCGUUAUCAAAUGACAUCCCAUCCACAAUUGGAAAUCUUCGUGAUCUGCAAGUUCUAGCCCUUUCAAGUAAUAGGUUUCAAGGUCUUAUCCCUACGUCAUUCGGUGACCUGAUUGGAAGGGGAGAUACCAAGUGGAGGGCCUUUUGCGAACUUCACAAGCCAAUCAUUCAUGAAAAAUUACGCACUGUGUGGUCCACCUAG